CAGCUAAAUAUCUUAGAAUGGAUCUCUUUUUCUUCCUGUUUUGUGUCUCUGUGUAGAGUUGUGUCUCCUCCCUCAUCUCUUCUUGAACUGUGAAAUGCAGGAAGUGUCUGAUUUAGCGACGCAUCUCUGUUAAAACAGUCUGUUAAUGUGUCAGUAUGGGCUCCAGUGCACUGCCUCUCAUGAUCUUGCUGAUGUCCUUCAUCCACGCUGGACUCACUCAAGUAAAAGCUGUAGUGAAGGUGACUCCAGACGAGCGUGUGUUCAGCGGAGAGAGAGAGUCACUCUCACAUGUGACAUACAGGGAGCAGGAGACACUCAGUGGAUAUACAGAUGGUUUAAAGAUGGAAACCUUUUCUAUGAAUACACAACAACAACAGCAGAGAUCAGUUUCACAGCUGAUGUGUAUUACAGUGCUGAAUACAGCUGUAGAGGAGAGAGAUCAGACUCACAGAGAUCAUCAGACAUCAGUGCUGCUGUUACACUGACUGUAUCAGAUAAACCGAAGCCGACUCUGACUGUAAAACCCCAGAGUUCAGUGUUCACUGGAGACACAGUUACUCUGAGCUGUGAUGUUGGACAGUUAACUGGAUGGACAAUUCACUGGAGAAAAGACUCAGACCCUGAAUCCACGACUGAUGCAACUAAAACAAUCAAGUCUGUGAGCAUCUCUGAUGAAGGAGAAUACAGGUGCAGAGCACAACGAGGAAACUACUACAGCGAGUUCAGUAAUACAGUUAAGAUUACAGUAACAGUGAGACCCAAACCUGUAGUUGGUGUUGAUCCUGAUAGACGUGUGUUCAGAGGAGAGACGGUCACUCUCACAUGUGACAUACAGCAGACAGGAGUCUGGCAGUACAGCUGGUAUAAAGACUACAAACAAGAUUAUAUCAUAGGACGAGACCAGAACUAUAAAAUCCCAUCUGUGGAUCCGUCUCAUAGUGGUUUCCCCAGAUCUUCACUGACUGUGACUCCAGACAGUCCUGUAUUCACUGGAGAGACAGUCAAUCUGACCUGUGUGAUUGAGUCUCACAGUAACUGGAGAUAUGAGUGGUAUAAAGACACAGACAGUGUAAUGUUACAGACGUCUGAUCGUUACACUGUAAACAGAGACACUCUCACUAUCAGAGGAGUAAUUACAUCUGAUCAGGGUCAGUACUGGUGUAGAGGACAGAGAGAUGAGAGACCAAACUCAUCACAGGACAGUGACCGAACACAUCUGUCUGUUAAUGGUGAGGAAAUACUGUGA